ACUCAGUGUAGCCCCUGAACCCAGCAGGGCUGCCAACCAUGGAGGUCCGUAUCAACGUUUCAAGGCAGCAGGUAGAGAAAGUGUUUGGGCUGGAGGAAUACUGGUGCCAGUGUGUGGCAUGGAGCUCCUCGGGGACCACCAAAAGUCAGAAGGCCUACAUCCGGAUCGCCUAUUUGCGCAAGAACUUUGAGCAGGAGCCAUUGGCCAAAGAAGUAUCCCUGGAACAGGGCAUCGUGCUGCCUUGUCGCCCCCCAGAAGGCAUCCCUCCUGCCGAGGUGGAGUGGCUCCGAAAUGAGGACCUCGUGGACCCCUCCGUCGAUCCCAAUGUCUACGUCACACGGGAGCACAGCCUAGUGGUGCGGCAGGCCCGCCUGGCCGACACUGCCAACUAUACCUGCGUGGCCAAGAACAUCGUAGCCCGUCGCCGCAGUGCCUCUGCUGCUGUCAUUGUUUAUGUGAACGGUGGGUGGUCGACGUGGACUGAGUGGUCCAUCUGCAGCGCCAGCUGUGGGCGUGGCUGGCAGAAACGGAGCCGGAGCUGCACCAACCCGGCACCUCUCAACGGGGGCGCCUUCUGUGAGGGGCAGAAUGUCCAGAAAACAGCCUGCGCCACUCUGUGCCCAGUGGACGGGAACUGGGGUUCAUGGAGUAAGUGGUCGGCCUGUGGGCUUGACUGCACCCACUGGCGGAGCCGUGAGUGCUCUGACCCAGCACCCCGCAAUGGAGGUGAGGAGUGCCGGGGUGCUGACCUGGACACCCGCAACUGUACCAGUGACCUCUGCCUGCACACUGCUUCCGGCCCUGAGGACGUGGCCCUCUACAUCGGCCUUGUUGCUGUGGCCGUGUGCCUCAUCCUGCUGCUGCUUGUUCUCAUCCUCAUUUACUGCCGAAAGAAGGAGGGACUGGACUCAGACGUGGCCGACUCGUCCAUCCUCACCUCAGGCUUCCAGCCUGUCAGCAUCAAACCCAGCAAAGCGGACAAUCCCCAUCUGCUCACCAUCCAGCCAGACCUCAGCACCACCACCACCACCUACCAGGGCAGUCUGUGUCCCCGGCAGGACGGGCCCAGCCCCAAGUUCCAGCUCUCCAAUGGUCAUCUGCUCAGCCCACUGGGCAGUGGCCGCCAUACGCUGCACCACAGCUCACCCACCUCUGAGGCUGAGGACUUUGUCUCCCGCCUCUCCACCCAAAACUACUUUCGUUCCCUGCCCCGUGGUACCAGCAACAUGGCCUACGGGACCUUCAACUUCCUCGGGGGCCGGCUGAUGAUCCCUAAUACAGGAAUCAGCCUCCUCAUCCCCCCAGAUGCCAUCCCCCGAGGAAAGAUAUAUGAGAUCUACCUCACACUGCACAAGCCAGAAGACGUGAGGUUGCCCCUAGCUGGCUGUCAGACCCUGCUGAGUCCCAUCGUUAGCUGUGGGCCCCCUGGAGUCCUGCUCACCCGGCCAGUCAUCCUUGCCAUGGACCACUGCGGAGAGCCCAGCCCUGACAGCUGGAGCCUGCGUCUCAAAAAGCAGUCCUGCGAGGGCAGUUGGGAGGACGUGCUGCACCUUGGUGAGGAGUCGCCCUCCCACCUCUACUACUGCCAGCUGGAGGCUGGUGCCUGCUAUGUCUUCACUGAGCAGCUAGGCCGAUUUGCCCUGGUGGGAGAGGCCCUCAGCGUGGCUGCCACCAAGCGCCUCAGGCUCCUCCUGUUUGCUCCUGUGGCCUGCACUUCCCUGGAGUACAACAUCCGUGUGUACUGCCUGCACGACACCCAUGAUGCACUCAAGGAGGUGGUGCAGCUGGAGAAGCAGCUGGGUGGACAGCUAAUCCAGGAGCCUCGAGUCCUGCACUUCAAAGACAGUUACCACAACCUGCGUCUGUCCAUCCACGACGUGCCCAGCUCCCUGUGGAAGAGCAAGCUCCUAGUCAGCUACCAGGAGAUCCCUUUCUAUCACAUCUGGAAUGGCGCUCAGCAGUAUCUGCAUCGCACCUUCACCUUGGAGCGGAUCAAGCCCAGCACCAGUGACCUGGCCUGCAAGGUGUGGGUGUGGCAGGUGGAAGGCGAUGGGCAGAGCUUCAGCAUCGACUUCAACAUCACUAAGGACACGAGGUUUGCUGAACUGCUGGCUCUGGAGAGUGAAGGGGGGGUCCCAGCCCUGGUGGGCCCCAGUGCCUUCAAGAUCCCCUUCCUCAUUCGGCAGAAGAUCAUUACCAGCCUGGACCCACCCUGCAGCCGGGGUGCCGACUGGCGGACUCUAGCCCAGAAACUUCACCUGGACAGCCAUCUUAGCUUCUUUGCCUCCAAGCCCAGCCCCACAGCCAUGAUCCUCAACCUAUGGGAGGCACGGCACUUCCCCAACGGCAACCUCGGCCAGCUGGCGGCAGCGGUGGCCGGACUGGGCCAGCCAGAUGCUGGCCUCUUCACAGUGUCAGAGGCCGAGUGCUGAGACUAGCCAGGCCUUUGACGCCUACACUCUCACCAGCUUUGGCACCUGCCAGGGACAGGCAAAAGCCAGACAGGGGCCCUACCCCCACACCCGGGGAGAGCUGCUUGGACAGGCCCCCUCCUGGCUGAAGUUGUCCCUUGAUGCUGGUCCUUCAGACCCUGCCCAAACUCCAUCCCUCCAUGGCCUGCCUGGCCAGGUUGGUAUCGCCACCUGCUCUUACUCUGCCCUGGUCCCAGGGCCCAGAGUGGACAGUGCCUGGAGCCUGGGCUGAGCCCAGCCCAUCUGUGUGUGUGUGUGUAUGCGUGUGAUGCUACCUCUCCUCCUGUCCCUUGCCAGGGGCCCCGCAUACACACGGCAUGCGCACACAUGCUGGGCUUGGGACAUGGCCCCCAGAGCUCCUGCCUGAGGUGGGCCUUAUGCAAACAUUUCUGUGCCUGCUGGGUAGGGGUAUAUUUGAGGGGCCUGGCUUCAAGCCUGGGGGACUAAGGGCCCCAGCUGGACAGGGGCUGGCCCUUGGAUUCAGGCACACGAUCACCACACAGGCAUGUGUUCGUGCAUGCCUUGUGUGCUCAUCUCACACGCACCCUUCUCCCAGGUCAUGCAGGACCCUCCCCCACUACACACAUCUCAUGCUGUGCACCUGGAGGCUGCUCAUGUCUCUCACACCCGGUGUCGGUACACAUCUGCCUCUCACAUGCUGCCCUUCUCCCACCCACCCAGGGACACCCGAUGGCU